UCUCUGGUUUGACAGAAAAUCAGUUUUUUUAGCUGUUGUUGGUUGUCGCUAAGGUUUUACAAGAAGGUCCGAAAAGUUUGCCGAGCUUCUUGCAAAUACUAGUAAACAAUGGCUAAGCAUCAUCCGGAUUUGAUAUUUUGUCGUAAACAACCUGGAGUCGCCAUCGGUCGAUUGUGUGAGAAAUGUGAUGGAAAGUGCGUUAUCUGUGAUUCUUAUGUGCGUCCCUGCACGCUGGUGCGAAUCUGUGACGAAUGUAAUUACGGCUCUUAUCAAGGCCGCUGUGUGAUUUGCGGAGGGCCCGGCGUGUCGGAUGCUUACUAUUGCAAGGAAUGCACUAUCCAAGAGAAAGAUAGAGAUGGAUGUCCAAAGAUUGUUAAUCUGGGAAGCUCUAAAACUGAUCUGUUCUACGAGAGAAAGAAAUAUGGAUUUAAGCAGAGAUAAAAUGGUUGGACCAACUACUACCUACAAAUCGGAGCUCUUUAAUUUUUUUUUUUGAAAUUAGAAUCUUCAAAUAUAAAGCUAUAUGAAAUUGCA